CACUCCGCGCCAAAAUCGAAGGGCAAAAUAAUUGCAUCAGAGAUGAUCGACUGGUAUAAUAUUGCAAUGAGGAAAUUCAAUAAUGUUAAAUUUUUCGAAGCGAUCCUUAUCACUAACCGUGAUAUUAGUAAGAUUGAUCGUGAGAAAGCUCUUGCAGUGCCCCAACUUGAUCAUAAUCUGUAG